CAUAAAAUGCCUUAUUGUGCUGGUUGAAAACAAGAAGAAAAAAUCUACGAGCUUGCGACUUUUUGUACGCCUGACAUGUAUUGCGAUAAGACCGGACGGACAUGGUAUAUUAAAAUAAUUCACUUCACUCCAAUUGCGAUCAUUUAGAGAGAAUCAUUUUUUUCUGUUUAUCUGUGUUUGCUGAAUGAUGAGUAAAAUUGUCGUAUUCGGGGGUACUGGCAUGACCGGCCAAUGCGCUGUUAAAUAUGCUCUCGAAAAAGGUCUUACGGUUCGUCUUAUGGUGCGUGAUGAAGCUACAGUUCCGGAUAACUUCAAAAAUCAGGUGGAACUGGUGAAGGGAGAUGUGAUCAAUUCAGACGAUGUGGCUAACGCAAUAAAGGGCCAGGAUUUGGUGUGUGUUGUCUUGGGGACUCGGAACGAUUUGAAACCCACCACCAUGAUGUCAACUGGCAUGCAGAACGUUGUGGAAGCGAUGAAGGCGGAACAUCUCGCGAAGGUAUCCGUUUGCUUAUCAUCGUUCCUGUUUUUCGCACCGGAGCAGGUGCCGAAAAUGUUUGCCCAUCUAAAUGCUGAUCACAAACGAAUGCUGGAUGUGUUGAAGGCAUCAGAUCUGGAGUAUCGUGCAAUUUUCCCUCCACAUAUCGCUGAUGAACCUUCCUCCGAAUUCGUUAUUGAAUACGAUAAAUCUCCCGGACUGACUCGUGAGAUUUCCAAGUUUGAUUUGGGAAAAUUUUUGAUCGAAUCGCUAUUUGAAGAGAAACAUGCUGCCAAAGUGAUUGGUCUUUGCACAAAGCCUAAGGCAUAAUUUGUAUCGAGGGCAAUAAAUACAUUUGUGAAAAUUGUUAGAAGAGA